AUGCAUCCCUCGGAAAUGGGGGGGGAACACAGGCUUUUGCCAUACCCAGCUCGCACCUCCGCUGAUUCCGAGGAUCCCCACAUAGAGCUCAAGCGGCCACGAGCGUGCGAGCCUUGUCGUCAGCUUAAGGUUCGAUGCGAUUUCGAUCCAGGGAAUCCUGAUGGUUCCUGUAAGCGAUGCGCCAAGGCGCGUCGCACCUGCAUCGUCACGGCGCCGACGCGGAAGCGCCAGAAAAAGACAGACAGCCGUGUCACAGAGUUAGAACGCAAGAUUGAUGCAUUGACAGCCACUCUGCAGGCAUCCCACCGCGGUAACUUGGGGGUGGAUCAGCCCCCGCAGCAAGCAUCGAAUCCGCCCCAUCUCCCCGGCCGCCGGUGGAUGCGAGACGAUGCCCAUGGACCAAGCACUAAACGAACUCAUGAUGAAUAUUUGGCAUCACAGUAUCCUCGCCAGGAUAGUCCAUCCGCAGAGCAACUUUCGAAUCCGCAAAGUGCUUCUGCAGUCUGGCGAGGUUCUUUCACUGGUGAUGCGGCGCCACCAAAACCUACGAAUGAAUUUGUCGACGUGAUUGACAGAGGCUUGAUAGAUGCGGAGACAGCCAUGGCGACAUUCGAGCGCUAUGUCAACAAAAUGGCACCUGAGAUGCCCAUGGUGGUGUUCAAUCCUGGUACCACAAUGUGUGAUGUGCGUCGCGAAAAGCCGGCAUUAUUUCUUGCGAUCAUGGCCAUUGCAAUUGGGCCAUUCAACAAGAGUGUUCAACUCGCACUGCUCAAUGAGCUUUAUACCUUGAUUGGUCAGCGUGUGGUUGUCAAAGGUGAAAAGUCUCUCGAGCUCGUUCAGGUUCUGCUAGUUUGCUCGUUCUGGUACAUGCCGCCAGAUAAUCUUGAAGAGCUGAAAUUUUAUCAAUUAAUCCAUUUGGCUGUGAUUGUGGCCAUGGAUAUUGGUCUGAAUCGGCGUUCUCGGGGUGAUGAUAAACCCUUUGCGCGCCUUCGUGAAAUUCUGAUCCGAAAGCCGCCCGGGAUGAAAACUGACCUCAAUGGACCUGAGGCCAAACGUACUUGGGUGGGGUGCUAUUUCAUGGCUAUUCAAUCGGCUACUGCACUCCGGAGAAUGUACCUUGUCAGAUGGCAACCGUACAUGAAUGAAUGCAUGCAGACAUUGGAGACCCACCCAGAUGCCUUGCCUUCUGAUAAAUCUGUGGUAUGGUGGGCAAAACUGGCAUACAUCAUGGAGGAAGCUGGAGUGCAGCUCCUAAGCGAUGACCCCGAGUCGGUAAUCUCCUUUGCUGACAGCAAGGUGCGCUACUCCAUUAAAGCAUUUUCAAAUCAGCUUGCCCAGUGGAGGAAAGACAUUCCCGACGAGUUCUACACAGCGCCUUUGGCCCACACUCAUCAUACUAUCAACCUUUUUAUACAUGAAAGUGCUAUGGGUAUAGAUUGUCGCGAAAGUUGCCUCUCCAACUCACCUUCCAACGCGGAGUUAUUAAAUUCCACCAUGGCACCCCUCAUCGACGCGUUGAAUACUUGCACUUACUCCAUUCACCAAGUUCUUGAUAUCAUUACCAUGAUUGAUGUUGAACGCCUUAAUUGUCUGCCAACUGUGGCCUUGGCCCGGACUACUUAUCCCAUCGUCAGCCUGAUUAAGAUAUACUCACUUUUAACAACAUCUGGUACUCGCAUUAGCCAGGUCAUUGACGUCCAGGAUCUCAAAACUGAGAUCUAUUUGGAUAAAGUCAUUACCCACUACCGGAAAGCAGCAGCCUUGGACGGCGGCCGUGUAGCCUCCAAAUUCGGAAACAUUCUCGCGAUGCUUCGCAACUGGUUCAUUAGGAAGAAAGAAAACGGCCCUGAACUUCGAGAAAUAUUUGGUACCGAAGUACGGGCAGACCAAGUCAAGUCAGGCACAACCCCACUCCAUCUGCUUAGUGAAGUUGCUAUGGGAAAUCCGGACGGCCGAUCCUCAUCAACGGCUCACCUCUCACACAGAUCUCAUUCUGUUGGGGGUCAAGAGAUAACAUAUUCUCCAUCGCAUCUCAAUCGCGAGGUCGGAAGUACUACUCCCAAUCCCGGGCCAUCCACCUUCGGUGCUUCGGAAACACCCAACCCACUCAGCCGUAUGGCAUCUUCAAAACCGGAAGCGGCAGCAGCAAGCGCAGGAUGGUCCUCGACACCUUCAUUCUCGCCGUCAAUGGCAGGGAACUCUGGCCCUGGAUUCUACUCGUCCUUCACAACCCCCGGUCCGUCGCCUGGAUACUCUGGCAUGUCGUCUUCUACCGGUGCUACUGAAUCCGGCCCCGGGAGGUAUCCCGAUAUGUCUAGCAUGGGAUUGACGAUGUCCCAGCCAAUGGGCAUUAUGCCCGAACUGGAAAUGCAGCCUACAUUCGACCCAAACAAUUUGUUCGAGUUGGGAACGAUGCUAGAUGAAGGGCUAUUUACCUUUCCGAUGGGGUUCGAUAUGAGUUUCCAGAUGUAG